ACAGUCUGGACAAAUCUUUGUCACCCACCAGUCCCACAGCUGCUCAGACCCAACCAAAUCAAGAGACUCAUCAAGACGUACAUCCAAAAACAGGAGACCAUUAACCUGGUGGUGGUCCCCAGUAAUGUGGACAUCGCCACCACGGAGGCACUGAGCAUGGCUCAGGAGGUGGACCCUGAAGGGGACAGGACCAUAGGGAUCUUGACCAAGCCUGAUCUUGUGGACAGAGGAACUGAAGACAAGGUCAUUGAUGUGGUGCGGAACCUGGUGUACCACCUGAAGAAGGGCUACAUGAUAGUCAAGUGCAGGGGUCAGCAGGACAUCCAGGAAAAGCUGAGCCUGACUGAGGCCCUUGAGAAGGAGCAAGCCUUCUUCAAGGAGCACCCUCACUUCAGGUACCUCUGCCAUACUAUGCCAUGCAGUGAAUUGCUUGUCAAGAACACACCUGACAUGAGUGGUGUGUGUGCAACAGCCUGA